AUGCCUUUUGUAAAGUCCUUUUCGUACACGUGGUUCAAUUUGCAAGCGGCCAAAAGGAAAUAUUACAAAAAGCACGAGAAACGGAUGAGUCUUGAGGAGGAGCGACAUACUAAAUAUGAACUACAGAACGAGAAAGCAGAAGUGAAACAUAAAUGGGCAUCGAGGUUAUUAGGGAAGUUGAGGAAAGAUAUCACGCAGGACUGUAGGGAGGACUUCGUGUUGAGCAUCACCGGAAAGAGACCAGCCGUGUGCGUGCUGUCCAACCCGGACCAGAAGGGGAAGAUGAGGAGGAUAGACUGCUUGAGACAGGCUGAUAAGGUGUGGCGAUUAGAUUUAGUGAUGGUUAUAUUGUUCAAAGCGAUACCCCUAGAGAGUACGGACGGUGAGCGUCUAGAGAAGCACCCCGAGUGCACGCAGCCGGGGCUGUGCGUCAACCCCUACCACAUCAACGUGUCGGUCAGGGAACUCGACCUGUACUUGGCGAAUUUCAUCAACAGCUAUGAUAUUCUUAGCGGAUCUCUGUCGCCUCACCCCAAUAGGGACAAAGAGAAUGAACACGAGGCUAAGAACAAAGGGUAUACCCAUAAUCCAUACAACGGUGUUAUUUGCAACGAUAUCAUUUUAGCGACCGGUGUCUUCUCUUCGAAGGAGCUUUGGAAGCUGUCUAAAGCGUCUAUCCUCCAGGAGACGGGCGCGGAGUCCCCGGGAGGCUCCGGCGGCGGCAUUAAACUGGAGUCCACGUACUACGGGUACAACAGUCCAGCGCCGCCCGCCUUCGACACACAGACUGACCGUGGCACGCCUUCCACUAUGCUGGUUGGACAGUGCUUCAGUAUCCCCCACAGCUCGUCGGGUCUGAGCGGCCAGUCGCCUCUGGUUCCUUCAAACACCAUCUUCUAUCAACACGCGCCGCCCGCCGACACUCACCCCACACAGUCGGAGUCUCUGAACCAGCACGGCAAGUAUGAAGGAGGUCAAGACUCGCUCGGGGACUUCGUCACGUUCGUGUGUCAGGAGCCGCCUGCAGACGUACAGCAAUUACAGGUCCACAGCCUGUCUCGUAGUCCCAAGCCGCCCUACUUCAGCAGUUCCAUGCUGCCUCCGCCGCCCCUCCCGCCCAUGGCCAGACCCGUCACCAUCAUAAGAUCAACGGCGAGUGAGGGUGGUGGGGGCGGCGCGUCCCCCUCCUCCCCGGAGCUCCGCUCGCCCCCCGCGUCCCCGCGCCGCCGCUCGCCUCACUACAGGGACUGCGCACCCAUCAGCCACUUCAACCACUUCCACCAGCCGCAGCAGGUGUUCAGUUACGGUGCUGUGGGGGGUAGUUCUCCCCCGGGUGGCCUCGGUCUGUACGCGCCCCGAGCGACCCCACGCGCCCCACCACGAUGGAACGCGCCUUUCCCCACGCUGGACGACGAGUUCAACAUCAUGACCGCGCCCGCCGGGCCCGAGCACGUCGUGCUGCUUGAUGACGAGCGGUUCUUCCAGUCGAGCGUGAUCUCGUCGGACGGGUCGGCCAUGGACACGUCGGGCGCGGGCGUGGGGUCCGUGGGGUCCGUGGGGUCUGUGGGCGGCGGGUCGGAGGGGGCUGAGCUGGCCCCCGACAAGCCCCCCCCGGAGCUGCGGUCCCCGUGA